CACGCACACCUCCGUCGUCUUCGUCUCCGUCUGCCCGUCUGGGACGAGUCGCGUGUCAAAUCUUCCCAUUAUCCGCGCGAUCCCCAGCCAUCUACCACUCCCUACCAUGGCUCGCCUCCUCGCGCGAACCCUAACCCUAGGCCGCCCGGCCGCUCCGGGGUCCUCCCUGCAGCCCCACCGCGCCCUCUCGGACAAGGUGGAGCUGAUCGAGAUCGACCUCUCCGAGGAAUCCGCCUCCUCAACCUCCUCCGGCGACUCCGCGGAGGAGCCGAUGGGGAUGGGGCGGCUGAACGACGCCAUCCGCGGCGUCAUCGUUCGGCGCGCCGCUCCGGAGUGGCUCCCCUUCGUGCCCGGGGGGUCGUACUGGGUGCCGCCGAUGCGGCGGCCGCUCGGGGUGUCCGAUCUCGUGGGCACGGUCGUCUACAACGCGAGGGCCGCCGUCGACGCGGCGGAGAUGGCCAGGGCCACCAUGGUCAAGGCCGCGAUGACCAAGGAGGAGGCCAUGUGCUUCACCACGCAGCGGGGUUGGCCGUCGGAGGCCUAUUUCGUGCAAGAUCGCCAGGUGGACACAGGAAGACUCAGCUCGGAGAAGUAAAACCCUGCUGAUGGCUGUACAUAUAGACGAUAUAGGUGUCUUAACAGACCCUAGCAACAAUAACGAGCCGCCUCAUCGCCCGCCCCUUCUUCGGUAGAUCAUGCGUGCUUGAGAUGAAUAUGGUGAAUUUGUAUUACAACACAGCCUAAUGUCAUGUGCCCUUUGACUGCUCUCUGAGCUGAAGUUGUAUGAUGUACCAACUAUUCUUUGUGGAUUACUAUUGCUUGUACGGGCACCCGUGAGUUGGCUCCUCGGGUUGUUGUUGGUGCGUAAUGUCAAUACAGAUUUCUUAGCGAA